CCGGUGCGGAAGUAAUCCGCAGAAGUGAUGCAACGCUCGGUGGAAGGUCAGGAUCUCUCUUCAGUGAAUUAACACCGCACUUUUUAAAACCAAACCGGACCGGUUUUCUGGACCGGAUAGUAACUACCACAAAGAUAAAACAGGGCGUUUCUGAAGAGCAGAAUUCAACGACAGCCGUAACGUCAGUGACUGUAGCUGGUAGGGAAAGCAACGUGCUCUAACGAAAAGUAACUCAGCUUUGAACCGUUUCUUUUAAAGCAGCCCAGCGCGUGACGGUUCGGUUACCCCUCCAUCCUCCCCGAUGUCUGGGUCCAAAUGCACGCGACUGAGCGGAGCGCUGGUGAAACAGCUGCUGGACUCGGUGGACAGCGUCCUGUUUGACUGCGAUGGGGUCAUCUGGCGUGGGGACCAGGCCAUCCCCGGAGCCCCCCAAGUCAUAAACCUCCUCAAGGAAAACGGGAAGAAGGUCUUCUUUGUCACCAACAACAGCAGCAAGACGAGGAAGAUGUACGCCGAUAAAAUGUCCAUGUUGGGGUUCGAUGUGAAAGAGGAAGAGGUGUUCGGGACCGCGUACUGCUCCGCCAUGUACCUGAAGACGGUCUGCAAGUUGGAGGGGAAAGUGUACCUGAUAGGCAGCAACGCCAUGAAGCAGGAGCUGGAGGCGGUGGGGAUCCAGCAGACCGGGGUGGGACCGGACCACAUCUCCGGGAAGCAGGCCGACUGGGCCAACGUGCCUCUGGACCCCGAGGUGAAGGCGGUGGUGGUCGGGUUUGAUGAACAUUUCAGCUACAUGAAGCUGAACAGAGCCUUGCAGUACCUGACCCAGCAGGGCUGUCUGUUCGUGGGAACCAACAGGGACACCAGGCUGCCCCUGGAGGGGGGGAAGGCUGUCCCAGGUACGGGCUGCCUGCUGCAGGCUGUCGAGACGGCGGCCCAGCGCCAGGCCCAGACGGUGGGCAAACCCAACCACUUCAUGUUCGACUGCGUGGCCUCCCAGUUCGGCGUGGACCGUGACCGCUGCCUGAUGGUGGGCGACCGCCUAGACACGGACAUCAUGCUGGGCUCCAACUGCGGCCUGAAGACCCUCCUCACCCUCACGGGGGUCAGCACCGUGGCGGACGCCGAGGCACAUCAGAAGAGCGGCUGCGCGGAGAGGCAGGGGAUGGUGCCGGAUUAUUACGUGGAGAGCAUCGCGGACCUCCUCCCAGCUCUGCAGGGAUGAGACCACAAGCAAGUCUGUCAAGACUGAGGAGUAGCUACGUGAUAGCCUAGCUGCUGUAGACCUGAGGAAUUUGGCUAGCCUGUCACACACCAGGGUCCAUUGUCUUCUAAAAGGGAAUAUUUUUCACUACAAUUAAUAUCAUCUCUAUAACAAAGUCACAGCUGUUGUGUGACAGAGAAGACAAAGACUCUAGAGACACUAUCCAGAUUUUAUCAUUUACUUAAACAUUAUUAAAACAUGCAAAUUUAACAUGAUAUAAAUGCCUAAGUAAUAAUAUAAGAACUAUGAUUUCCAGUGUUAUUUCAGUGUAAUUUAAGUGUUAAAGAGUGUUGCUGAAGGAGAGGAGUGUAUGUUCCUUUUUUUAAGUAAGGGAAGAGGUGAGUGUACUUGAAAGGCCUCUAUUCUGUCUGUGCUGCAAUGUCCCCUUAAGCAACAAGAAGGGAAAUUAGCACAAAACAAGUGUCAACAGUGUGGUGAUAUGUGUGUGUAACAAAUGGGGGAUAAAAUGCACUGGUGUGACUUCAGCUUUCUGUGUUCCUUUGUCUUUAACACCUCAACUGAAUGUGCUCAUAUCUGCACUUAGAUUCAUGGGAUGGUGCAAUGAUAUCCAGUCUUGUCAUUUAUGUCUGUCAUGUCAGUUCUUACUGAAACAGAAUGACCUUUUUUUCAGUAAUUUUUUUUACCAUCUACUUUCUGACUUCAGGAACAGUUUGACCUCUGACCCCCAUCACUGUAAGCAACGCUCACCUCCGUAAUAAAACAUAAACUGUCCUCACAACAUCAA